UAUACAUUUAUUUCGUUGUACUCGUUGAAAAAGUUGGACGCAACUGCGCGUCAUCAGCGCAGGAAAAGUAAUUAUUUUAAAUUUGUGCAGCAAAUAAGUAUCUCAUUAUAGAAAUUUAAUUCAAAGAGCACACACAUACACAGCAGAUACAGAAAAUUCUAUUGAUUUCUACGCUCGUCCAAGAUGGCGGACGACGAGCAAUUCAGUUUGUGCUGGAAUAAUUUCAACACAAAUCUGUCCGCUGGCUUCCACGAAUCGCUAUGCCGUGGAGACCUGGUGGACGUAUCGCUGGCCGCGGAGGGGCAAAUCGUGAAGGCGCACCGUUUGGUGUUGUCUGUCUGCUCGCCCUUUUUCCGCAAAAUGUUUACCCAAAUGCCAUCGAAUACCCACGCCAUCGUGUUUUUAAACAAUGUUAGCCAUUCGGCUUUGAAGGACCUGAUUCAGUUUAUGUAUUGCGGCGAGGUUAACGUUAAGCAGGACGCACUGCCGGCCUUCAUAAGCACAGCGGAGUCGCUGCAAAUAAAGGGGCUGACAGACAAUGAUCCUGCGCCGCAGCCGCCACAGGAGCCCACGCCCCCACCAGCCGCACCUCAUGUACAACAACAGCAACAACAACAAGUCCCCGCCCAGCGUGUACAACGUCAACAGCCUCGCGCCUCUGCGCGAUACAAAAUCGAGACCGUUGACGAUGUGUUGGGCGAUGAGAAGGGAACCACACAGAUUGUCAUCCAGACAACAGCCGCACCACAAGCCACCAUCGUACAACAACAACAACAGACACAGCAGCAACAGCAGCAGCACAUACAAACACAGCAACUGCAGACGGCGACGACAACAACCGCAACGCUGGUGUCGACAAACAAGCGCUCGGCACAGCGCAGCAGCCUGGUUGGCAGCGGUGCUGUCAAGCGCUCGAAGACGAGCACCGCCAACGUAAUUGAUCCACUGGACUCGGCAACGGAAACUGUUGCUGCUGCGGGCACAACAACGACACAGCUGGCGCCGCCGCAGCAGAUAACCGUACAGACAACCGUGGUGGCCGCCAACGAGGCAAAGGUGCGACAACAACAGCAGCAGCAGCAGCAACAACAGGCGGUUGCACAGGAGGAAGCUGAAUAUAUUGAUCUCCCCAUGGAAUUGCCCACUAAAUCGGAACCGGACUAUAGUGAAGAGCAUGCCGAAGUUGCCGGCGAUGGCGAUACGGCCUAUGUAGAGGACGAUACCUACGGCGAUAUGCGCUACGAUGAUAGCUAUUUUACCGAAAAUGAAGACGCCACCGGCGCCCAGGCCCCGGGCAACACAAGCACCACCAGCGUCCAAGCGGCGGCAACCACAUCAAAGGCCGUGGUCAAGCAGCAAUCGCAAAGCUACAGCGAUUCCUCGUUUGUCGACACCGGCGCGGAGCAAAGCAACACAGAGGCUCAAGUUGACGUCAAGCUGGAGUUUAGUUCGGAGCACUCGGCGAACACUACGCCGAUUCCGUCGGAAACGGAUGCUGCUAUUGCCGCCUUCACCGUGGCGUGCCUCAGUGACGAGGACUCCAUGUGCAUACGGAAACCGUUUACGCUGCCAAAAAUUCUCGAUGGUAAGUUCUAUAAGAAUAUACAACCCAACCAGAAGACGCCCGGCGCCAUACAAGCCACCUGCACCAGCUGCUUUGGCCUCAUAUCGGGCACUACCAAAUCCACCGGCAAUUUCCUCAGCCACAUCAAGCGUCGCCACAAGGAGCUAUUGCCGCUCUGCCAGCUCUACUGUCAGGCCAAAAGCAAUGUCAGCACGAACGCCAGCUUGAGCAACAGCAAACCCGCGAUUCCAAUCCAAACCUCAAGUGCCAUUGAGCAGCAGCAGCAGCCGAGCAUGGCACAGCUGCCCACAGCGUAUGCGACGACCACGGGCCACCUGGCGGUGCCCAUGCCCCUGGCCAUGCCGCUGUCCAUGCCGGUCACCGUGCAGGCACCGCAAAUGAUGGCACUGAUGCAGCAGCAUCAACGGAGCACAGCGAUGCCUCAGCUACAGAGCUUAGGUCCCGGCGGCCAUGCUGCCGUGUACAUCAGCAAGGAUUACUAGAGCGACCGGGUGUGGCCGUUGGAAGACAGUAGAGUACCUAUCCUAAGUGCAACUUCGUCAACAGGUCUUUGGUAUAUAUUUUGUAUCAAUUGUCAAUUAACGAAAAUUAUGUGUACAUUAUAAAUUUUGUAUUAUAAAAAACAAAGCUGGUUUCGUAAGUUUUUUAUGCAAAUGUAUGGACCAGAAGGCCUUCCUCUUAAUGUUGUUAAAAGGAACUGUGAGAAAUGGUAAAAAUCGAAAAUGAGGAGAGCUAGGUUUUCGUAUAGAAAAAAUAAAUUAUAAGAAUUCCUCUUUCUCCUGAA